GAGAGUUAGACUCUAUCAGCAUAACAGACUGGGCAGACAGGCAAUGUACAAUUUGUACUUGUGGUAAUUUUUUUGACUUUUUUGCAACACUUCUUAAUAAUAUAGAAAAGAGAAACAUCAGACAGCUUUUAUAGGAAACAGUUCACAUCAUGGCAUCUGUGAAAACCACAACAACUACAGUCAGAGAGUCUUCUACGACCACAAGAAGAUAUGUCACAGAGAACAGAACACAGAGGCAUUUUCUGCGGAGAUACUCUCUCCCGUCUUCAGAAAUUCAGCGCUUUCAUACGGAGCACCUGGCUGAUGGAAAUAGUCACCCUGUGGAGGAAACCCAAACUUGCUCCAUAGAGUACAAUCCCGAUACUGGAACUCAGACCAAAAGGACUAAAACCACGACUCGCAGGGUACGCAGAACUGUGACACAGGGCACAAGUCCACCCCAAGUUCAAAAUUUAGGGAGAAGUUUCUAUGUUUUACCCAUUGGGCAGUCUACUUCACCAGGGGUAUUUAAAACUGGUCUAACUUCAAAUUUGCAAACAUCACUUUCAGAAAAUGUUCAAGAGAGGUACUACACUCUUCCUUUACAGCGUGAUAGUACUACUGCUGCCCCCUAUAGUCAAGGCCAGGAUAUAUUUGAUGUGAAUAUCCCAGUCAGACUAGUAGAGAGGCGUAUGUCAUUGCCGUCCUCACAGAUCAUACAAAAAAUCACCGAGACGCGGAAGACAUAUACAACUAACAUUUCUGAUUCACUCUCCAGUUUCCCAAAACGUCCACCAGAAACACUCAAAUUUCAAAUUGUGCCAAUUGAUUUUGAAGAUGGGCCUGGUUUGUAUCCGACCCCUCCUGGUAAACCAGAUCAGCCAAACUUGAUACCUGUAUUCUCUAAGUCUCCGGGUCCAACCCCUGCAGGCACUGAGGUACCCCCAAAAACAGAUACCAAAGGUGUUGAUGGUGUUAAAGUACAAGAGCCCCUGCUGAUUAACAUGAAGCCCAUUGCUGAGGAUGAAAUAUUUCCUUCCCCACAAAAAGCCCAAUGGGUCCCUGCUGAACCUGGUAAAAAGAAACCUGAUGCCAGUAAGUCUGGCCAGCAACCUCCUGACAAACAACAAGAGACCAAGCAGCCUCCAAAUGUCAUAGAAAAGGAUUUGAAAGGUAAACCUGAAAUGCUUAAAGAAUCAGAACCAAUGAGAUUUUGUGUGGAACCUUUUGUGCAUGAAGAGAGUUUACCCGUCCCACAGAAAAUCCAAUUGGGUUCUGAUAAACCAGGGUUUGAGAGUGAUUUUCCAGAACCCCAACAGGCUUCCUUAACUCGUCAUUGUGACAUCCCUAAAAAAGCACAGCAACCGUUGAAGAAACCAAAAAGUGGUUUAGAAUCUCCAGCAUCAAGAAAACCAGAUACCAAAAGCCCCAGUACUGUUUCUCCAGGAUCAGGUGCCCCAGACUAUGACUGGAUACCAUACUCUGGCCACCCAGAUGUUCCAAUUAGCACUAAGUCAAUGGAGAUUCCUGCACAGUCAUUUAAAAGUGAAGUGAAACCUCCCCAGCCAGAGAAGGGAAGACAAAAACCAGACCAAAGGGCAGGUCAGCCUGUGCCACCCUUUGAUGAUGAAUUUCCCACUCCACAAAGGUUAAUUGCUUCCUUUGAACCAGAUGAGCCAGUUAAAGGUACUGGUAGGCCAAAAGAAGACCAUGAUUAUCAGCGCCCAUCCCCAAAAUUGGAGGGACAGGUGCCACAAGUUAUUUCGCUGGCGACCUUUCCAGGUGAACCCAUUUCCUCAGAAGAAGCACCCCAGUCAGUGCCACAGGAAAUUCGGAUCAUUCACCAAGAUGGCAGACCUGGCCACCCCACCCCUAGGGAUAGGUCACACCCUGGGGAACAGGUGGUUGGAGUUCCUGAUAUAACUGAGAGAAACAGACCCCAAGGAAUCACACAGAAAAGUAGAAAACGUGACAUACCUAGUGCUUCUCCUUAUGAUAGAAAAAUUGAACCCCAAGUGGUCAAUAUCAUUCACCAAGAUAUGAGCCCAGAUAGAUAUCCACAUUUUGGCCCUACUGAUAAAAGACCUGGGCCUCAGGCAGUGAACAUCGUUUAUCAAGAUAUGAGUCCUGCUGGUCAUCCUUAUUCUGGUCCUACUGAUAGAAAACCUGAAUCUCAGCCUGUACAUAUAAUUCACCAAGAGGAUUAUCCUGAUGGACAUCCAUAUUCUGGGCCUGUUGAUAGAAAACCUGGGCCCCAGCCUGGGAACAUCAGUGGCCCAGAUAUGAAGGCAAAACCCAGAGGCCCAGAAAAAGCAGUACCAAAGCUUGUCAGGCAGCCUAGAGUAUAUGAAGGUAUUGGACAGGUUCCUGGCCAGAAAGGUAAGGGAAUGCCUACACCUAGAGAUAGAAAAGAACAGAGUUACAUCCCACCAGGGGGUGAGGUGUUAGAACCUCAGCAGGUGAUUGUGGUGGCUUCAGCUUUACCAUUAAAACCACAGGACACACCUAGGAAACCACAGGGUGACAGGCCACGUCCUGGCACUGAUGGUGAUGAUGAGUCACCAGCACCACAGAAGGCUAAUGUGAAGAAUGAAGUUGUCACCCCUGAGAGUGGAAUCCCAAGGGAUCGAAAAUAUAUCCCAGGGGAUAGAGAACCUGGUUAUCAGAAAAAGCCUGAACUGAAUGAGUAUGUUGAGUCCCCAGUACCACAGAAACACAUGGUUUCAUAUAUAGAUAUGGUCCCAGAGCCUAGAACAUUAGACAAAGAGAAGGGCACACCACAGGGCCCUCAAAGUGACAUCCCUGUAGUAGACAGAAGAGUAAAAGAUGAUGAUGAGUUCCCAAUGCCACAGAGAGCAAAUGUCAUGUAUCAAGAUAUUACCCCAGAGAGAAAAAGACUAGGGGACAGACAGUAUAAACCCCAGGACAAAAGACCAGGGGAUGGUGAAAAUGAGUUUCCUACACCACAGAGAGCAAAUAUAAUAUAUCAAGUUGUUACUCCAGAGCCUCAAAAUACCAGAGUGAAACAACGCAUACCUGUGGAUAAAGGAGUUGGCUCUGAUGAUGAUAGGUUUCCAACCCCACAAAAAGCUACUAUCGCAUAUCGGGAUUUCACCCCAGAGUCUGGUAAACCAAUGGGAAAAGAAAGCAGACCCCAGGGUCGAAAGCCAGAUGCUGGCAAUGAGGAAUAUCCUACGUCACAAAAACCAUUUGUCACAUAUCAAUAUACUACUCCAAAUGUUGAUGAACAAGGCAGACACCAGGUGAAGAGACCUCAUAAAUAUACCCCAGGUAGUGAAGAAGAUGAUGAGUUUCCUAUUCCUCGAGAAGCUGCUGUACUGUAUCAGGAUAUUACCCCAGAAUCGAGCACCCAGAGGGACAGACGAGAUGUUGGACAGGUAAGACCACAAGAUGACAGAGCUUAUGGGAAGGGAAAGCCAGAAAAGGAUGAUGAUUUUUCAACACCACAGGUAGCUACUGUCACAAACCAAAUUUUCAUCUCUGAACCACCUGGCAGAGGGCCAGAAAGAUUUCCUGCUGAUAGACUAGGCCCAGGGGAGGAAUAUUUACCACAACAUAGACAGGAUGGCAAACGUAGUAGACCUCAAGGACGUCCUAGUAAGGGUAAAAGAAGUCCAGAGAAUGAUGAUGAAUUUCCAAUGCCACAGAAAGCAGCUAUUUUUUACCAAGAUGUGACUCCUGAACUUCCGAAGAAAAAGGCCAGAAAGUCCCUACACAGACAGCCCAGGCUUUGGGGAUGAUGCUUUUCCAAUCCCUCAGAAAGCUAGUGUCCUAUAUCAAGAUGUGACUCCAGAGCCCAGGAAACCCAGAGACAGGAAAGGUGAAUCACGUGGUUUCAGGCCACCAACUGGUGGGGAAAACGAGUUUCCAACCCCUCAGAAAGCUACCGUUU